AUGUUGUCGAAAUUGUUUAUUUUGCCAACAGAAACAUCACUCAGGCAUUACAUAUCAAAACUACCAGCUACCCCUGGCUUUUCCCAAGGCGCACUUAAUAUUAUCAAGAGCAAAGUGUCGCAUAUGAAUGAACAGGAAAAAAUCUGUACUUUGUGCCUGGAUGAGAUUUCCCUCAAAACCAAUUUAUUUUAUGACAUACCUGGUGACAAAAUUGUAGGUUUAGAAGAUUUUGGCAGUAGUUACCGUACAAACAAAGUGGCAACAUCAGCACUUGUGUUUCUCGUCCGUAACAUCACAGGAAAUGGGAAACAACCACUGGGUUAUGUCCUUGUGAAUGGUGCAUGCCACAAAGACGAAGCGGAAAGGCUCAUGAAGGAAGCAAUCGAUAAAUUAGAUGCCAUUGGUCUUAAAGUUCCGAAACUGACUGAAAAGCAUAUACAUCCUAACAAUUUUUGUAAAAUGAAGGUGAAGUUGGCCACCCAAGUAUUAAGCCACACUGUAGCAGCCAGUAUAUGCACAUAUGUAAGUGUAGGGGCCCUUCUAUCUUCAGCAAUGGGAACAGCAGAGCUGCUUUUAAAGUUUGAUUCUCUCUUCGAUUGUGUCAACAGUGCCACUUUGCGUUCUGCAAAAAAGUUCAAAUGUGCCCUAAAUGAUACUUCUCCGCAUAUUAGCUUUUUUAAGGGAGCCAUAAGAUUUUUAAAGGGCUUGAAAGUUUUAGAUCCUGAUGGCAAAGAAAUAACUAACAGGAUUAAGUGCCUAAAGGGGUGGUUGCUUACCAUUAAUGCCAUUCUUUUAAUUUGGGAGCACCUUAAG